AUCUCUCCGGUUGGGUCAUAUGAUCCUCCUCCAGUUCUGUGCCAGCUUUCCUCAAACAACAGCUGAACAUGGCGGAUUUUGAGGAGCGGCGGUCGCUGUUGGGAGACGAAAAUGAAGACAGAGGCCCCGGAAGACCACUGCCCGCCAUCUGCGACCCCAGCCACGUCCUACACCGAGUGGUCGUCCUGAUUUUUAUGUGCUUCCUGGGAUUCGGGAGCUACUUCUGUUAUGACAACCCAGCAGCACUUCAAACUCAAGUCAUACAGGAUAUGAACUUGAACACUGCUGAGUUCAUGCAGCUGUAUGCCUGGUAUUCCUGGCCCAAUGUGGUCCUCUGCUUCUUGGGAGGAUUUCUCAUCGACAGGGUUUUUGGCAUCAGGCUUGGAACCAUCAUCUUUUCCCUAUUUGUCUGUGUUGGACAGGUAAUAUUUGCAGCCGGAGCGUGGUCCAAUCAUUUUUGGCUAAUGGAAGCUGGACGCUUUGUAUUUGGUAUCGGCGGAGAGUCUCUAGCCGUGGCCCAAAACACGUAUGCAGUCAACUGGUUCAAAGGCAAAGAGCUCAAUCUGGUGUUUGGUCUUCAGCUGAGCAUGGCUCGACUGGGCAGCACAGUGAACAUGAACAUCAUGGGCUGGGUCUACAGUAAAGUUGCGGUCGCUGUCGGUUCCUCUGGACACACGACCCUCGGGAUAUCACUCAUGAUAGCGGCUGGAACCUGUGUGUUUUCUCUAAUCUGUGCCUUGGUGCUGGGAUUUCUGGAUAAGAGAGCAGAGAGGAUCCUUCACAAGGAACAGGGGAGAACGGGCGAAGUUAUAAAGCUGACUGAUGUGAAGGAUUUCUCCCUGUCCCUGUGGCUCAUCUUCAUCAUUUGUGUGUUUUACUAUGUCGCCAUUUUCCCCUUUAUUGGACAGGGCCAGUAA